CCAAAAUUUCAAAACCCCGCACUCGAGAGCGGCGUCUGCAUUCCCCAUUCGUUCCCCCUCUUCCCCGAUUCGAUCCAGCACCACGCCGCCGCCCGCCGACGAGGACGCGCGCCGAGCCUAGAGCGCAACCAUGCGACGGGACGACGCCGGCGGCGGAUCCGGGUUCCACGACUUGUUCGACUCCGUGCGCCGCUCCAUCUCCUUCCGCCCCGCCGCCGCGGCCGCCGGCCUGGAGCCUCCCGCGGGCCCAUUCGGCGCGGGGGGCGGAGGGAUCGGUUUGCGGAUCAGCUCCUGCAUCCGGAAGUCCCGCGGGAUGGGGCUGCUUGGGCUCAUCACGAAGAACCCCUCCCCGCCGCGCCGCAUGCUGCCGCCGACGCCCGACGAGGCGGUCGGCGGCAGCGGGGGAUGCGGCAGAGGUGGAGAGGAGAACCCGAAGAUCCGGUGGCGGAAGGGGGAACUAAUCGGGGCGGGCGCUUUUGGGCAGGUCUACCUUGGGAUGAACCUGGACUCCGGCGAGCUCCUCGCCGUUAAGCAGGUUUUGAUCGGCACUAGCAACGCGACGCGGGAGAAGGCUCAAGCACAUAUUAGAGAGCUCGAAGAAGAAGUGAAGCUACUCAAGAACCUGUCGCACCCCAACAUCGUUAGGUAUCUUGGGACUGUGCGGGAGGAAGAUACGCUAAAUAUCUUGCUUGAAUUUGUCCCUGGAGGGUCCAUUCAGUCACUUCUGGGGAAGCUUGGUUCGUUCCCAGAGCCUGUCAUUAAGAAAUACACUAAGCAAAUUUUGCAAGGAUUGGAGUAUCUGCAUAGCAAUGCGAUUAUACAUAGAGAUAUAAAGGGUGCAAACAUUCUUGUUGAUAACAAAGGGUGCAUCAAACUUGCUGAUUUUGGGGCAUCAAAGCAAGUGGCAAAGUUGGCUACUGUGACAGCAGCCAAAACAAUGAAAGGUACACCGCAUUGGAUGGCACCUGAAGUCAUUGUUGGGAGUGGGCAUAGCUUCUCUGCGGAUAUAUGGAGUGUAGGGUGCACAGUUAUAGAAAUGGCAACUGGCAAACCACCAUGGAGCCAGCAGUAUCAAGAGGUUGCUCUUCUAUUUCAUGUUGGAACCACAAAGUCACAUCCACCUAUACCUGAACAUCUCUCCCCAGAGGCCAAAGAUUUUCUGUUGAAAUGCCUGCAAAAGGAACCAGAGCUGAGGUCUACUGCAUCAGACUUACUAAAGCAUCCUUUUGUCACUGGAGAACCGAAUGAGUUGCAGUCACUCAAUCGUGCUGCACACAAGGACUCUUUUAAUGAGAUUCCUGCAAAUGAUAUGCCAAAUGGCUUGGGUUUGAAUCAGUCUUCCAACUGGUCGACUAUGAACUCCAACAAAUCAUCAAAAAUCAAGCCCUUAUGGGAGGGCAGCUGUGAUGAUGAUGUCAUGUGUGAGUUUGAUGACAAGGAUGACUAUCCAGCAGUUGGAUCUAGCUAUAAUCCUAUGUCAGAACCAUUUGAUAACUGGGAAAGCAAGUUUGAGAUGAGCCCGGAGCAAAAUUCUCAUCAAUCAAUGGAAUUUGGUGGAUUAACCAAACAUGCUGAAAGCAGCAUGACUGAGAAUGAUUUUACUUUCCCUGUUGAGGGAAGUUGUGAAGAUGAUGAUGUACUUACAGAGUCAAAAAUAAAGGCAUUCCUUGAAGAGAAGGCACUUGACCUGAAAAAGCUACAAACACCUUUGUACGAGGAGUUCUACAACACAGUGAAUGCAGGAAGUUGUCAGGAAGCUGAUCAAACUUCCAAGGGGAAAACCCCAGCUAGUCCGAAACUUCCCCCUCGAGGAAAGUCACCUCCAAGUAAGACACGAGGAGGUGCGUCACCAACAUGUGAUAAUUUGAAUAAUGCAAGUCCUGAAAGCUGCAGCAAGCAAUUACCAAAAAGCAGUGUGGUGAAGAGCAGCCGAAUUUUACGAGAAAUAGCUUCUCCUCAACUCAAUGAGCUUGGAGAUAAAAUGCAUCUUGAUGCCCAAGAUAGCCCAAGCAUCAGUUUUGCCGAAAGGCAGAGGAAGUGGAAAGAAGAGUUGGACCAGGAACUUGAGAGGGAACGAGUGAUGAGAUUAGCUGGGUGUGCUAAAUCACCAUCUCCAAGUAGAGGUCCCAAUGUGAAACGAGAGCGUCAUGCUGACCAUUGAACAGACAGCAGUACUCAUUUCUUUAUUUCAUCCCACAGAAGACAGAACAACUGAUGGUAACUACAGAAUGCCAGAGAUUGGUGGCAAUAGCAGAAUGCCGGAAUGCCAGAGAUUCACGGCAUUAGCAUGAGCCGAACUGUGGCUGCACAGAACCAUCUUGGUACAAGGAGUAGGUCUACUUUGAAGUGGACUGGUACAGAGGGCAGUCAUCACGACUCAUGAUCAGGAUUAUUGUUGCCGUAGCCUGGAGAGCGUUGUGCUGACAGUUUCCUGAUUUUAAGGCCGCAUUUUUCUUUCUUUUGGGCGUGGUGCUAUACGCGCGGCUUUGGUUAUAUAUGGUUUAUAUUGAGAACAAAAGUGUUGUAUAAAUUUUGUGUUUGUAAGCCAGGUUGGCGUGGGGAUUGGUUUUGUAUGGAUAUUGUUUCUUGAAAGCGUGUAAUAAGCCAGUGAUGCAAAUUAUGGGGGCAUUCAGUUUUCUGA